AUGUCUCGAAUUCCUCCGCAAACAACAUCCACAUCCAUCACUACAUUUUCAAAUAAUACCCCAUUAUCUGUUUUAACUACUCAACAGCAGCCUAAUAAUACCAAUUACACGGUCGGCGGUCAACAAUCUGCAGCAGAAACAGUGAAUACUAGUGCUGAUAAAACACUCACUGAACAUGAUUUAAAACGAAUGCGAGAAUUUGGCAAAUUAUUUAAUCGUCAUUCGUCAAUAAAUCGUGCUUUAUUAGAGGAAUUAUUUCGAAAAGAGCCAAGUGAAUAUACUCAAACAGUUUAUCAAUAUGCAAGUAGAAUAUUUCAUUGUUUAAAAGCGGAUCUCACGGAUAAUCCAGUUCUAAAAGCAUUAACAAAUGAGAAAGAACAACAACAAAAGAAAAAUAUGAUAUUAGAUGUGCCAAAAAUUGAUUAUGCAAAUGAAAAAGAAAAACGGCGUACCCUCAAAUUAGCAUUUAGUGUUUUACGAUAUCAAAAAGUUGUUGAAGAUUUAUUAGAUGAAACACAAUUUUUUUCCUUAUUUCCCGAUUUAAAAGAUGAAUAUAGCCUUGUAUGCACUAUCUUGUACGAUUAUCUGAGCCGAAAAUUUCAGAUCCGUGACGAUCCAGCGGAUGAAAAUGAGCCAAACAACAAUGCCUUGAUUACACAAAUAGAAAACUCAAUAUUACAAGAAAAAACACGUCUAGCAGCAGCAUUAGCUCGAAAUCGAAUUAAAGCACAAGCAUUAUCGAUUGAAGAACUAUUACCCGAAAGUUUAAGAGAAGUACAACAACAUGGCGCUGAAUUACCUGUUUACUGCUGGGUGAAUUUAAUUAAAACUGAUAUGAAUACAGUUCUACAAGUAUUUGAAAAUGAUGAACAAAUGACACGAGUUUACAACAUCAAUGAUGUUCAACGAAAGACCUUUAUGGUUGAUUUUCAUUGUCCAAAUUUAUUAAUAUUUCAUUAUUCUCAAAAACAUCGUAUCUCAAAUCAUAGAUUAGUUAAAGAAGGUCUACUCUAUUUACAGGAUAAAUCAAGUUGUAUUGCAGCAACUACAGUGACUAAACUUCUUACAAAAAAAGAUAAUAUUCUCGUUGCAUAUGUUAGCGGUGGUUUACUUGUCCAAUUGUUACUUUCCCUAACAAAUGAACUGGAAUCAAAAAUUUAUGCAUUUGGAGCUCGAACUGAUGAAAAUCUGCGUGACUUACAAGGAAAAAUGAAACAAUUCGGUGUUGAAAAACGUGUGAAAAUUUUCAAAGAACGAUUCAUCGAUGCUAAUUUGGAUGAGAUGAAUAUGGAAAAUAUUAAAGUUAUUCUAUGUAAUCCACCAUGUUCACGUUCUGCUUUGAUUCAACCACUCGAAUUUUUGUACAAUGAAGGAGAAGAUGUUUCGUUAUUGAAAAAUUUUUCACAACCAUCAGAAAACAAAGCGUAUAUCAAAGAAUGUGUUCAACGAGAAAUGGCCUACAUGAGACAAGCUGUCAAAUGUAAAUAUUCUUCAGCUAAAGCUAUUGCAUAUGUGACUUAUUCCAAAUCUAGUAAAGAAAAUGAUGAUGUUGUUAACGUAACAAUUAAUGAACAAGCAGAUUUUCGUCAACAAAAGAAAGAUACAACUAACUACAAAAUUGUUCCACCUAUUGUACCUAUUCAAAUUGGCAUUAAUGAGCAGACAACUGUUUUACGUCAUGGAAAAUUUUUACAAUUUGAAGCAUCACAAAAAAUGAACGGCGUUUUUGUCGCAUUAUUAAUUCGAGAACAUGAAAAACGUCGUAUAAAAAAGAAACAAGAUAUACAUAGUUCAGAUUCUGAAGUAAAUGAUGAAAAACAGAAACGAGGAACAAAACAUCAUGGAUUUCAAUUAGAAACUGAAGCGCGCGCCAAAUUGAGAAAAUCGUCAGUAGUUCAAAAGAGUGCACAAACAGCCGCAGUAACAACAACUCGAACAUCGACAAGUAAACGAGCAAAAUCGGGUAUAGCAGCAAAAAGAGACCAAAUACAAACAGCAUCAACACCAUUAGAAAAAUCUCAGCUAACAUCACAGCAGUCAAAAAUUCCAACAUUAUCGGAACAAUUAGCAUCGAUCGGAAAAAUUAAAGGUUUAGAUACACCUGCACCAACAGACUAA